AUGGAAUACAGUACAAACAGUCUAAUAGCCACUGGAAGUUCAGUAAUUGCUCUUUUACUUUUAAUGUAGGCUUUAUUUAGCUUUUUUUUUCUUUACUUCUAUUGUAGGAGGUAUUAUUUAAGAUUAAAUGAACUGAGAAGACGAGCUACCGCUGACCAAGCUGGUCAAAUUUUCAGUAAUAAUGGCUCAGUAAUGGACGAGUUAUCAGUUCAAAUUACAGAUGCCGAGCUCAACAAAAUCAUGCCUGCAUUGUUUUUCCCACCAAAACAAAAGUUCAAAGGAGAGCCAGCUUGCUCUAUUUGUCUGGUGGAUUUUAAAGCUGGAGAAACCUUGAGGCUUACAAAAUGCAAACAUAUUUUUCAUGUUUCAUGCAUUGAUGAGUGGAUUAUUACGUCAAGAAAGAAAAAAUGCCCUAAUUGCAACAUGGUAAUAGUAAAAUAA